AGUGUUUUGAUCGGCGCGGCGUGUAUAAAGAACAAUUGUUGUCUGCUAUGGAAUGAUAGGGAAGCGUAAUCACUAAGUUACUGAACUGAUAUCAUUCAUGGGCGUCCUUGAAUAGCCCCUCCUUUUGUUUAAAAAUAAAAAUGGGAUCUGUAUGGAAGCGGCUUCAGCGUGUAAACAAAAGAGCAGCCAAAUUUCAGUUCACUGUGUCAUACAAUGAACUAGUGGUUGAAACAACAUCCAAAUGGCAACCAAAUAUGCUUUGUGUUACAUGGACUCGUCGUAACCGCAGACUGGUAACAGAACCUAGAAAGUGGGAUCCAACAAUGAAAAAUCCUCUUAAGGGUCUAGUGGUGUGGACUGUUCCAGAAAAUAAGGAAGCCUCCAUAACCCUCUUUGGUGACCCACGAUCACAUGAUUUUGAAGAUAAAAUGUGGACCUUUUUUGUUGAAGAUGUUUCAAGUACAGGGAAACGUCGACAAUUGGCUAGUGCUUGCUUAAACAUGAAAUUGUAUGCAAGCAUGGUACCAAGUCAGCAGCCAGUAAAGCUCAAAAUGACACUCUCAUCAAAAAAGAUAGUUUCUGCAUCUCUAAAUUUAACAGUUUCUUGCGUUUUCAUUAGAGAAGGCAAAGCCACGGAUGAAGACAUGCAAAGCUUGGCCAGUCUUAUGUCAGUCAACACUAUUGGAGACAUUGCUCCAUUAGAUGAUUUUGAAGAAGAAGAUUGUAUUGAACCCAACUCAGAACUAUUGGAUCUUACUUCGCAAAUCAGUCAAUUUCUUAUGGAAACCGAAGAAGGUUAUCAGCCGGUACAAGAGGAGAAAGUAGAACCGUCUGUCGUCCCAAAAACAAAUGAAAUUAGCGAACCGAUGGCAGAGCAAGUUUCAGAAUCACCUCCGAUAAUCCACGAAAGUUCGAAGCCUAGACCUACAACAUUGGACCUGAAUACUCAUGCUGAGCCUGUUCCUUUGCGUCCUACGGUGGAUCAACCAGAGGAAGAACGUUCGUCAUUGGAUCAAGUGACAGAUGUGGCAGUCAAAGAUCAACCGAUCGAAAUUCAAACACCGGUUGUUGCUCAGCCCACCUCUGUGGCAGUAAACCCUAGCAAAGAUCUGCUCGAAUGGUGUCAAGAAGUGACGCAAGGCUAUAGCGGAAUAAGAAUAACAAAUAUGACAACUUCCUGGCGGAAUGGAUUGGCCUUCUGUGCCAUUUUGCAUCGUUUCCGUCCAGAUUUGAUAAAUUUCGAGUCUUUGAGUUCCCAAGAUACUCGAGGAAACUGUAAAUUGGCUUUCGAAACUGCUGAGAAACUGGGCAUUCCUCGAGUCAUAGAACCUGCCGACAUGGUUUUAUUAAACGUGCCCGACAAAUUGGCCGUCAUGACGUAUCUGCAUCAGUUGCGGGCCCAUUUUACUGGUCAGGAGAUGUCGGUUGCUCAGCUUGCAGGUGGUAGCGAAGAUGUUUCCUACACGUCCAUUUCUCAAAAUCCUACGGAUAAUCAGUCGGAAAGGAGCAAAAUCACACGAGAGAUUAUUAGUCAAGAACUGAAAGCCGCCGAAGAAGAAGCUGGAAGAAGACGAAGGCAGAGCAGCGGAAGUGGCACUGGAGUUAUCUUCCGUCGCGAACAACGGGUUAGUCCCACGGAAGAAAAUGUCAUGAUCGCUUCCGGAACGGCCACUGCCGCUGCGGCCGUACAGAUGGUCAAAGACAAGGCGAAGUCCCUCACAUCAGAAUUAAUCAAAUUUGGCAAAGUUUUAUCGCCAACAAAAGAGAAAUCGCCUUCCAGUCCAGUAGAACCUCCAGCCCGACCCAGUCAGGUGAGGAACGGUCCUCCGUUGAUGACCCGUCAGCAACUGACGGAUCCGUUCGGCUCUGACGACGAAGACGAAGCCCCAACUAAAGUGGCGAAUGAAAGCCCGGAACGACGCCCUAGUCCAAGAGAAGAGUCGGCGGAAAAGAUCCGCCGUGAUAGUCAAGUCCCUUCUUUAUUGGUCAUCGCCGGAACGGCCGAAGAAGAACUCGAGGUGGUCAAAUCCAAUCCGCGAGACUCGAAAUCGGAUGAUUUGAAAGAGAGAGCUCGCAAACUACUGGAACAAACUAAACGAGAAGCAGCUGCUUCUUCAUCCGCCAAGCCUUUAUCGAAACAAGGUUCACAGGAAGAGGACGAACGUCAACAGCAGUUGAGAGAACGAGCUCGCAAAUUGAUCGCUGAAGCUCGUCAAGGUCUGUCGACCCCCGCAUCGACGCCAGUUGAACCGCUGAAUAACGGCGUGAGCCGGAAGAGUUCCAGCAGCCGUAGUCAUAGCCACAGUCCGAGUCCCAGCCCGACGGAAUCGAUUCAAAAAUUCCUGAGCAGCGGUGGCAGCCGCUUGCAGCACCUGAAAGGAAUGGUAGACAAGGCUCAAGAGGCUUCCAAUCGCAAAUCUAAGACACCGGAUCGUGAAAAAACGCCCGUCUACAUCGGCAACGCAAGUGGCGCUGCCGAAGGCGAUAGACGUGACACGAGCAAUUACAUAGCGAACGAACUGGAGAAGCUGGAAAAGGAACAGUUGAAGAUUGACCAGCAGGCGGCCAUUUUGGAGCGUAAACUACGCAAGCUGAUGGAGCCGAGCCGUGGCGGCCCUGUUAUCGGUGUGGAAAACCGCAACGAGACCGAAGAACAACUCAUGCAGCAAUGGUUUACACUGGUGAACAAGAAGAACGCUCUCAUCCGCCGUCAGAUGCAACUUAACAUUCUUGAGAAAGAGGACGACCUGGAACGGAGAUUUGUCCAACUCGACCAAGAGCUGCGUGAUAUUUUAUCUAUUGAAGAUUGGCAGAAAACGGAGGCGCAAAAGCUACGCGAGAAACUGCUGCUCGAAGAACUUGUGGCCAUCGUCAACAAGCGCGACGAGUUGGUCCACCACUUGGAUAGUCAAGAGAAGGCCAUCGAAGAAGACGAUCUGAUUGAGAGGGAAGUACACAACGCCGAUUUGAGCAAUCACGACCGAGGCUGCGUCAUUCAAUAAUAAGGCCUACUAACCCUACCCGUCUUCUUGCGAAGUUGAACGGGAAUUAUCAAAAACGGAACAAUAAUAAUAAUACGGAAUCAUAAUAAUUAAUCAUGCCAUACCAUAUUGCUUUGAUUGAAAAAAUUAGCGUAGCCGAACGCUAGAAUGAUGGCAAUGGCUUUCUUGUUUCUCAUAUGUAGAUCACCAUUGAAAGAGAAUGAUUCUAUUUCGCUACCCUCCCUCUCUGGCUACACUAUCCCCACAACUCAUUUCGCAUUUGAAUACUCCUUUUUCUAUAUAAAAAAAAAAAAAGAAAAGUGCUAGUUUAAAUAGAUCCAUCGACUUGUGUAACGAAAAGAGCGUGAUAAUACCCCCCUCCUUGCUCCCGAAAGAUGUUAGCACGUCACGUGUUUGAUGGUUCGUCGUGUGCUGUAUCUCCUCCUAACAAUCAAGAGGUACAUUGUUGAGCUUUGCUUCUUUACUCCUUUUUAAUAUAAUUUUCUUAAGUCACCUGCAUCUCUCCGAAAUGUGUCUCUUAGCCUCCUCGUUUGAAAUGAAUUGCCUCUUAUUUCCCCUUCCUCCUCCUCCCCGUAUGAUAUACAUAUUUGGACGGCGUCUAGUCGGAUAACUUUCAUGCGCGAAAA